CCUGUUCUGCUCGUAUUGCCCACUCUUCUUAGACCAUGUCGUCCGUAUUCAGAAGACCGCCGGACGCUGAACGAAACAUCGACGCCUCACUUUACUUCGGUAACUUGGAUCCUGAAGUCACGGAGUUGAUAAUGUACGAACUUUUCAUACAAUUUGCACCUCUUCGCUACUUGAAUAUGCCGAAGGACCGGAUUCUCAAGACUCACCAAGGGUAUGGUUUUGUUGAGUUCCGAACCGUGAGAGAUGCUGAUUAUGCUUUGGACAUUCUUCGUGGUGUCAGGCUCUACGGUAAGCAACUAAAGAUCAAGAAAGCAGAGCCUCCCAAGAGUGGUACAUCUCUGGAACUGCAAUUUGUGGGUGCUACAGGCGGAGCAAUAAACGUGGGAGCAAAGCUUUUUCUUAAUAACCUCAGUCCGUUAGUAGACGAGCAAUUCUUGAGAGAGACAUUUUCCAAGUUCGGUACUCUCAUAAAAAACCCUGUCGUAGCCAGAGAUCCAGAAACAGGGGAGUCUCGAGGGUACGGGUUCUUGACCUUUGACGACUUUACUGUAUGCGACGAGGUCAUAGCGAAGAUGGACGGAGCUUUGCUUAUGAACGGGAAGAUUUCUGUGUCAUAUGCUUUCAAGGACGACAAGAAGGCCCGCCACGGAGACAAGGUAGAACGAUUGUUGGCAGAAGCAGCAAAGGAGAAUAGAGUGCUGGUGAAGGCAACGAAACGAGACUCGACUCUGAAGAAGAAGGUAGGCAAACCUGGGAAGAGAGACCGUGCAAGGUAA